ACUCAUUCCCUCACACCUCCUCCAGCUCACCUCCCCAACCCCAGCAUGGCCGCAUCUACCAUGUCCGUCUGCUCCAGCACUUACUCUGACUCCUGGCAGGUGGACGACUGCCCAGAGAGCUGCUGUGAGCCCCCCUGCUGUGCCCCCAGCUGCUGUGCCCCGGCCCCAUGCCUGACCUUGGUCUGCACCCCAGUGAGCUGUGUGUCCAGCCCCUGCUGCCAGGCGGCCUGUGAGCCCAGCCCCUGCCAAUCAGGCUGCACCAGCUCCUGCACACCCUCAUGCUGCCAGCAGUCCAGCUGCCAGCCGGCUUGCUGCACCUCCUCCCCCUGCCAGCAGGCCUGCUGCGUGCCCGUCUGCUGCAAGCCUGUGUGCUGCAAGCCUGCCUGCUGUGUGCCUGUCUGCUGCAAGCCCGUCUGCUGUGUGCCUGUCUGCUCUGGGGCUUCCUCUCUGUGCUGCCAGCAGUCUAGCUGCCAGCCGGCUUGCUGCACUACCUCCUGCUGCAGACCCUCCUCCUCUGUGUCCCUCCUCUGCCGCCCCGUUUGCAGGUCCACCUGCUGCGUGCCCAUCUCCUCCUGCUGUAACCCCGCCUCCUCCUGCCAGCCCAGCUGCUGA